GUGGCCACUCGAAAUCUGGCGACCAAAGGCAAAGGAUAGAGCCGCGGGGGAUAUGGUAGACGCCUGUCUCUCCCGCCAUUUCUACUGUAUCGAUCAAAACCGUACUAAAAUGGCGACAUUCUUCGUUACGCCGUCGCCUCCGUCUACUCUGCACUUCCUUCGCUCAUCGCCGCUGCGUUUUCCCCGUUGUUUGUGGAGUGGACUUGUUAGGAGAGAGAAGUUGAAUACGAUUCCUUAUAGAAAAUUUGUCAAGUGGAACCGGAGGAGAACUUUGAUUUGUGCAGCCAAUCAAGAUGCUGAGAACUCAUUUAGGAAGACAGUGGAAAUGGACAGGCUUAUAGAUACGUUGAGGGCUGCAGAUGAUAAGGAACUUCAGAAACUUGUUGUGGAGAAUGUCCUUUCUUUCAAUGAGAGCUUUUGGAUAAGACUAGCAGCUAGAGCAGAUAACUGCAAAUCUGAAGAUGACAAAAAAGACCUGGAAGAAUUGGCAUCAUUCUUAAUGAGCUUGGUAGAUAGUAUUGUUCACAAGACAUAUGAAAAGAUAGAGUCAGCUACCGAUGUGCUCAAAGCCAUCUUAAGACCUGCAGCUCAGGAAGAGGAUGAAAUUCCUUGGCCCCCAAGGGAUCCUGAAGCUCUCAGCCUUAUGGAGAAAGAAUUAAAUCAAAGGGAGCAAGAAGGCCAACUAGAUGAAGGAUUCCUGUCAGAAGUCAAUGCACAACUACGGAAUGCAAAAGAAGAUGGGGACAAGCCCGGGCUUGAAGCUAUGCUGCAAAAGGUUUUGCAGCUCUAUGCUUCUAGAGUUCUCUCUAAGCGUAGUUAUGCUAGAAAAGGGGAUGAGAUUUUAAAGGCUGAACAGUUUCUUGAGACCAUAAUUAAAGCUCCAGAAGAAGAAUGGAAUAGGCUGUUGUUAGAUGGAAUGACUGUGGGAAAAGGUGAAAUCUCGCCAGAGGAAUUGUAUUCAGUUGUUAAUAAGCGAAUCGAGCGGACAUUAAUCCGGACGCAAGGUGGUUCUUACGAGCAGCGGGUACUUGUUGAGUAUUUGAAAGGCAUUCAGUCCAGAGCUGAGGAGAUUGUGCAGGUACUCCAGGGCCAGGGGUAAGGAGCAGUACUCUAUUUGUUCACAAAUAGAAAUGUUUUGGGCUCAAAAAGUUUAAUCAUAUUCCAUCUUGAAGAUGAAGGGCAUACGAUUUCUUCACUGCGCAGUAAAGCUACAUAAAGCAAUCCAAGUCCUACAAUAUUCAUAUCAUGUUUUGCCUUUACUCAAAGUGUCCUUUAUAAAAACAUAUUCUUUCCUGCUCUCACCUUCCUCCCUGGCUUGUUUACUUAACCAUAAGGUAUCAAUGUAUCAUUAUGCACAUGACUUGUAUAAGGACUUUUUGAGUUCAUAAUGUUCACAGGAAAAAUUCCAACCAAA